CGCACAUUAUGGUCUGAUUCCCUCAUUGACAUCAGGUGUUUGUGUGGUUGCGUUCACGUGUAGUGAGUUAGCUUUUGGCUGAGAGAAGGGUAAUAGGGAUAGCUUGAAGGUAGGUGCGAACUCUUGUACCGAAACAACUACAGGAAUAGUUUAUUUUUUCCCUUGAGUUCGUCUGAUCUAUUUGUGUCCCUAUUGGAGAGGGAGGCUUUUCUUGAAGGGACGCAAUGUCUGUGGUUGAACUUUACACCAAGUCAACCAAAGUAUGGAUUCCCGAUACACAGGAGGUGUGGAAGUCAGCUGAACUAACAAAAGAUUUUAAGGAAGAUGACCACAUCCUUUAUCUCAAACUGCAAGAUGGAACUAAUAUAGAGUAUCGCAUUAACAAAAAAACAGAAGAAUUGCCAUAUCUGCGGAACCCUGACAUUUUAAUGGGUGAAAAUGACUUGACUUCACUCAGUUACCUACACGAACCUGCAGUGCUUCACAACUUAAAAGUGAGGUUUUUAGAGUUCAACAACAUUUAUACAUAUUGUGGUAUCGUUCUUGUUGCUGUAAACCCAUAUGAACAGCUCCCUCUUUAUGGAGAUGAUGUAAUUUAUGCUUAUAGUGGACAGAAUGUGGGUGAUAUGGAUCCCCAUAUCUUUGCUGUUGCUGAGGAAGCAUACAAGCAGUUGGCUAGGGAAGAAAAGAACCAAUCCAUUAUAAUAAGUGGAGAAUCUGGAGCAGGGAAAACUCUGUCCGCCAAGUACAUAAUGCGCUAUUUUGCAACCGUUGGAGGAUCUACUGAUGAAACAAACGUAGAAGAUAAAGUUCUGGCAUCCAACCCCAUCAUGGAGGCAAUUGGAAAUGCAAAAACUACAAGAAAUGACAACAGUAGUCGAUUUGGAAAAUACAUUGAGAUCCGUUUCGAUCGUAGGUAUCACAUUAUGGGGGCCAAUAUGAGAACAUACUUACUGGAGAAAUCACGAGUGGUUUUUCAGGCUGCUCGGGAAAGGAACUAUCAUAUAUUCUAUCAGCUCUGUGCCUCAGCUCAAAUGGGAGAAUUUCCUCAAUUGGAUCUUGGUUGUGCCGAGGAUUACUUCUAUCUGAAUCAAGGAGAUAAUAUUUAUAUUUAUGAAAGAGAUGAUGUUGCAGAUCUUAAAAGAACUCAAAAUGCUUUCUCCACAUUGGGAUUGGCGACCGUAGACCGUUGUCCCCACAUGGCUGGGGCAGCAACGUGCCCGUGGGUGGUACCUCCCGGCAGAGAGUGGACUUUCAUGCUCCCGUACUGUGAAACGGCUCCUGAGCCGAGCUUGCAGACUGUGAAUGUGGCUUUCUGUGUGAACCAGAGAAUGCUUUUAAAAGAUAAGAAUCUUGAUCAAUUCUGCAAGUUAUUGGGACUUGAGAAAAAGCAAUUGGCCCAUUGGCUUUGUCACCGCAAGCUGGUUACAUUAAACGAAACCUACAUCAAAUCAAUGACACUGAAACAGGCAGCCUGUUCCAGGGAUGCUCUUGCGAAACACACUUAUGGACAGCUGUUCAGCUGGAUUGUGAAUCAAGUCAAUAAAGCCUUAAGAUCCUCUUCGAAACAACAUGCCUUCAUUGGUGUGUUGGAUAUUUAUGGGUUUGAAACAUUUGAAAAUAAUAGCUUUGAACAAUUUUGCAUCAAUUAUGCAAAUGAGAAGCUGCAGCAACAAUUUAACUGGCAUGUUUUCAAGCUAGAGCAGGAGGAGUACUUGGCUGAGGGUUUACCGUGGACACUUAUUGAUUACUAUGACAAUCAAGCUUGUAUUGAUGUUAUAGAAGCAAAGCUGGGGGUCUUGGAUCUUCUAGAUGAAGAGUGUAAGAUACUUAAUGGAACAGAUGAGAAGUGGGUUCAGAAAUUAUAUGAUCGUCAUCUGCAUACAAGUCAUCACUUUCAGAAACCCAGGAUGUCAAAUUCUGCUUUCAUUAUUCUUCACUUUGCUGCUGAUGUGCUGUAUCAGUGUGAAGGAUUUUUAGAGAAAAAUAGAGACACAGUUUAUGAAGAACCAAUUAACAUUUUGAAAGCAAGUAAGUCUGAGCUGAUUUCUGAGCUGUUCCAUGAUGGCGAUACUUCUGCAAGAAGAGGUCAGAUCUCCAAUGUAACUUUAAAGUCUUUAAAAAAGGCCUUACCAGUGACCAGUGAGCACAGAAAAACAGUGGGAUACCAGUUUCGAGCAUCACUUAAUCGCCUAAUGGAAACUUUGAAUUCAACAUCUUCUCACUAUGUCCGCUGCCUAAAGCCAAAUGAUACAAAGGAACCGUUCUUGUUUAAUCCAAAAAGAAUGGUUCAACAAUUAAGAGCCUCUGGUGUUAUUGAAACAAUCCGUCUCAGUGCUGCUGGGUAUCCAUCAAGGUGGACCUACGUUGAUUUCUUUAGUCGCUACAGGGUUUUGAUGAGAGAAGAAAACAUUUGUGCAGAUGAGAAACAGACCUGUAAAAACAUGUUGGAAAACCUAAUCAAGGAUGAAAACAAAUAUCAAUUUGGAAAGACCAAGAUCUUCUUUUCUGCAGGGCAGGUGGCCUAUCUGGAGAAGCUCCGGACAAGCCGACUGCGAGCUGCCUGCAUUAUGGUACAGAAGAUGGUGAGAGGUUGGAUGCAAAGAAAGAAAUAUCAGCAGAUAUGCCGAGCCAUUAUUGUCAUCCAGAAAUACACUCGCAGAUUUCUAGCAAAACAACUAGUUGAUCAUUUAAGAUUGACGAAGGCUGCCGUAAUUAUACAGAAACAAUAUCGAAUGUUGGUAGUGAGGAGGCUGUAUGUACACAUCCGUACAGCAGUAAUUACAAUUCAAGCAUAUGCAAGAGGCAUGAUUAUGAGACGAACUUAUCAUAAGAUGGUCCGGGAGCAAAAGGCUACUGUCCUACAGAAGUAUGUGCGAGGAUGGCUGAGCUUUUUGAAAUAUCAAAGAAUUCGGCAAGCGGUUAUCUACUUGCAGUGCUGUUUUCGACGAAUGAUGGCGUAUCGCCAACUGAAAAGGCUGAAGGUUGAAGCACGUUCAGUUGAGCACUACAAGAAACUGAACAAAGGAAUGGAAAACAAGAUUUUGCAGCUGCAGUAUAAAGUGAAUGAUCAGAGUAAGAACAAUAAAAUGCUCUUAGAAAAAAUGGCAGCACUUACUGCCUCUCACAGAAAUGAGGUGGAAAAACUUAAGAAUGAAAUAGAGCACCUUCGGUGUAGAACAGAAGAAACUAAAAUCUUGAAUCUGCAGCAGCAAGUCACAAAACUCGAAGAGGAACUGGAGACUGCACAUAAGAACAAAAGAGAUGCAGAAGUUCAAGCUUCUCAGGAGCUAACUGUAUUGAAACAACGCUUUGCCAUUCUUGAAAAGGAGAAAAUUGAGUUAAGUGAUGAAAAAGAAACUUUUAACAAAUAUCUUCAGGAACAGUCCAGGAUUAUUGAAGAUCAAAUUUCCCUGAAGGUGGCACUAAAGAGUCAACAGUUGCAUGCUGAAUUUGAGGAAGAGCGAUUUCAUUACCAAAACCUUGUGAAAGAGUUCUCCCGCCUUGAACAAAGAUAUGAAAAUCUGAAAGAUGAACUGAAUUUCAUUAAGGAAAACGAAAUGAGAGAUGCUGAUAUUGGAGAGAUGUGUGGCAUUAUUAAGGAUCAAGAGCUUGAGCAUGAAAACCACAAAUUAAAGAAUGAACUUGAUCAGCUAAGGAAAGACCAUGCUGAUAACUCUACUGCACAUGAUUCCAAAAAGCGGAAAGAGGCUGACUCCAGUCUCCUGAACCAGCUAAAAACUGCUACUGAAGAAAUUGAAAUUCUGAAAGAGGAACAGAUUUGGCUUAAAUCUCAGCUCCUUAGGGCAGAAAAGGAGAUUGACACAAUGAAAAACCAGGCUACUAUGGCAGAUGUCUUUGGGUUACCUAAAGAUGGACAUAAGAUGUCUGAGGAAGAUCUCCGAUGUGCUUAUGAUGCUGUUCGUGUGGCCAAUAGGCUUCUCAUGGACCAGUUGGAUGAGCAGCAGGCACGGCAUUUGAAAGAAAUAAUGACUUUUCAAGAUGAAGUGAGAGACCUUCAAGAGAAGUUGAAUGAACAGCAGCGAUACUUUGCUCAGGCUCUACAGCUGCCACCACCGGAGCAAAUGGAAGUUUGUUUGCAGCAAGAAAUUGCACAACUUAAAAAUGAAAACCUGGAUCUAAUAGAACAACUUGAGAAGCAGGAUAAGACUGUAAAUAAACUGGAGAAGCAAUUGAAAUCUGUGAAGGAGUCAAGAGUACUGCAACAUGCAGCUGAGCCUAAGGGGACUGAAUUGCCGAAUGUGCCUGCCAUCCCAUGGAAACAUAAGGACUUUCAGGGAAUGCUGGAAUGUCGAAAAGAAGAUGAAGCGCUCUUAAUCAGGAACCUUAUCACUGAUCUCAAACCGCAGUCUGAUACAUUAAGUACCCUACCGACACUCCCAGCUUUCAUUGUUUUCAUGUGCAUCAGGCAUGCAGAUUAUACAAAUGAUGAACAGAGAGCACAUUCCCUGUUUACAGCUGUGCUUAAUGGGAUCAAGAAAGUCCUCAAGAGAAGCUCUGAUUUUGAGAUGGUGGCAUUCUGGCUAUCCAAUACGUAUCGUUUGUUGGUUUGCUUAAGGCAGUACAGUGGGGAGGAGAAUUCUGUGGAAAUGAAUACACCAAAACAAAGAAAACACGUCUUGAGGAACUUUGAUCUUUCUCAACACUGUCUAAUUUUGUCAGAUCUUGCUGUUCAACUUUACCAUCAAUUAAUCAAAGUUGCAGAAGCAAAACUUCAAGAAAUGAUUGUGCCCGGGAUGUUAGAAAAUGAUACCAUUCAGUGUGUUUCGAUGGUUACUGCAAAGCCAGCAGGUUAUAGAAAGAAAGCAGGAAGUCUGUCUGGAGAAAAUACAAAAUACACACUGAACUCCAUCAUUCACCAACUAAGCUUGUUCCACAACAUCCUCUCCAAAUAUGGUUUGCAUCCUGAAAUUGUUAAACAAGUUUACCGGCAGAUUUACUACAUAAUUACAGCAGUCACACUGAACAACUUACUCCUCAGGAAGGAUGUGUGCUCCUUCAGCAAUGGAGUCCAAAUCAGAAACAAUGUCACCCAUCUAACUGAAUGGCUAAAAGGCACGAAUCUACUUCAGAGUGGUGCACUUGAGAUACUGGAGCCACUGUUACAAGCUACCCAGCUCUUGCAAUUGAAUAAAACAACAGAUGAAGAUGCUGAGACAAUCUGCUCAAUGUGCACAGCACUCUCAAAGGCACAGAUUGUGAAAAUACUGACACUGUAUACACCUAUGAAUGAAUUUGAGGAACGUGUGACUAUAGCUUUUAUAAAGAAUAUUCAGGAUCGAUUGGCAGGUGGAAGUCCAAGUCGCCGAUUACUAAUGGAGUUAAAGCACGUAUUUGCUGUAAACUUUCCCAUCAUUCCUUCACCAGUGAACCUGGACAAGAUUAAAAUUCCUAAAAACUUGAAACUGAACUUUCUAAAUAGAUUCUAAAUAAUGAAUGUUUGAUCAUCUGGAAAGGGUACACAACUUGCAUGAUUUUGUUUAAGAGUUUUUUUGAUUUUGCAGAACUAAUUUGUUGUAAGUUAUGUAAAAUUCAACUAUUUUUAACAUUUAGCAAUAAUAAAUUCAAUUAAAAGGCCACAUUUUACCAGAAGUAAUUCAUUUAUAGUUCUUCUUGAAAUGUGUGGUAUCUUUUGAGAAUCACAAGGCAUAACUACAGUCAUAGCAGAUUCUCAGCACAAAACUGAGGGGGAUAUGAGUUUGAGAAGGCGCAAGAUGUAACUGGGAAUUUAAUUUGGGAUAACUGACUCGGGGUCACUAGAAUUAUUUCAACUGUAGAUGGGUGGUUUGUUUAGUUCACAUGCACUAAAUUACUCUUUCUCAGAUGUUUUUAGUUUAGUAGUUCAAAACUGAAGUGCUCGAAUUUAUUAAGCUCUUACAUAUAAAUGUAACUUAUAUUUAAAUAUCACUUUUUGAUUUCUUUGCAUUUUUUAUCUACUUAAGGAAUUGGGCAUUUGAUAUUUUAGACAUGGUGUUUGUCACUGAUUUGACGAGGAGAAAAUAUUGAGGUGGUCUGAAUCAUUUCACGGAAGUUUGGUAUGACUGCUUCCUUUUACGAGGAAUCUUGAGGGAAAAUGCAACAAAAUAAACCAAGCAUGAGAAUGUCAUAGUUAUCUUAAUGCUGAAACUAUUUGUUCCUGUAUUCUCCAUAAAGAAAUCAACUUUUAAAUAGCUAAGAGGACAUUUGUUUGUAACAUGAUCAUUGCUGAGACAUAUUUGUGAAAAACAUAUUUAUGCUGAUUGACAUCUUGAAAUGUGCAUUAGUCUGUAUUUGUGUGAGGAUCUAACAAAAUGUGAACAUGUUUCUGCAUUGUGUAUGAAUCUGUUUUACAAUUCAAAUUUAAAAAAUUAGCUUUGUUUUUAAUAUUUAAAAAUAUCGAUGUACUUUCGAGAAGCUAUGGAACUGUAUAUUUAUGUACUUCAAAUACUUAAUAGAUUUUCAGAUUGAAUGUUGGUCCUCCUUUUUAAGUACAUUAUUAUCUGUAUCCGAUGACUCUCUAAUAAAACAUUGGUUAAUGGAGAUAA